CAUUAGGGAAGAAAUUUUUUCUCGGCAACCAAACAGGCGUAGACUAAAAUUUCAGUGUACCUCCGGACUCGGGGGACGCUUUCCCUGCUUCCCGCCUUCUCCAUCCUCGUGCCCUGCCGCUUCGUUCUUACUUUUAACCAUAAGGGCUCAUACACACUCUGUUCUGCUUUCGAAGCUAAAACAAUGGAAGAAAAGCCGUCGAGUUCGCCUACAACCUUUGUAGAUCAAUUAGUGGUUCCUGGUGACGUGGUUCUUGAUCUCUCAACCAUGACUAACCAGACUAUCAAGCUCGGGGGCGGUCUUCGCCAGGAUCGUGAUUCUAUUUCUGUCAUGCGGGCUGGGAAGCUGAGAUUCUCAAGGCCAAACAAAUAUUGGGUUGAAAACUCCCAGAAAAGGUAUGUUCCUUGCGUUGAGGAUACUGUUCUGGGCAUUGUGGUGGAAUCUAAAGCAGAAAAUUUUCUUGUGGACAUAAAAGGACCAACACUGGCUUUUCUGCCUGUACUUGCAUUUGAAGGAGGAACUAGGAGGAACAUACCAAAAUUUGAGGUAGGUGCAUUGCUCUAUGUUCGGGUCGUGAAGGCCAAUGCUGGCACGAAUCCUGAGCUGUCAUGCACUGAUGCCGGUGGGAAAGCUGCAGAGUUUGGUCUCCUUAAAGAUGGCUACAUGUUCGAAUCGUCAACUGGGCUAUCACGAAUGCUGCUGAGCACACCACCAUGUCCUGUUCUUGAGGCUCUUGGGAAGAAGCUCUCCUUUGAGAUAGCAGUUGGCUUAAAUGGACGGGUUUGGGUGAACGCGGAAUCACCAUCCGCCAUCAUCCUCGUUGCCAAUACAAUAAUGAAAUCAGAAUCCUUAAGCUGGACGAAGCAGAAAAUUAUGGUGGAAAACUUGCUUCAGAGAGUUCAUUGAUAUCAAUUUGGUCCGGUACGUUCCAGAUUUAAGCCUCACUCCUUGGCUGAUUAGAACAAGCAUUUUAAAAUUGUUAUAUUAUUAGCCCAGAAGUAAUUUAAUUACAUAAUAGCUGCAGUUGAUUCUUUCUUAACCCAUGUAUGCUGUAAUCGCUGAUUUUGCUAGGCCCCAAAACACCCCUUUUUCUCAUCUGAGGAAUACUGUUUUUUCUUCAUUAUUUGCCUUUGGAAGUAUAUGCUUGAAAAAUUAUAACGCUCUUAGUUUUCUUGAUUAAAAUAUGUUACUGUUAUUUUAUAGACAAAAA